AUGGCUUCCAAUGGCACUACUAGGCCCAAGAUUCUGCUCCUGGGCGAUAUCGACCACGCUCUUCCCUCCUGGAAUGCACUGAGCGACCUCGGCGAGCUUGUGCGCCCAACAGCAACCAACCGCAUCGAGUUCCUAGAGGAAUGCCGCUCCGGCAAACUCGACGGCGUGGUCGCUGCCUACCGGACCUUCUUCUCCAUCAGUAUCACUGGGCUAGUCGAUGAGGAACUGGUGAAUGCACUACCGAGUUCACUGAAGUACCUCGCCCACUGCGGGGCUGGAUACGACCAAGUCGACGUACAUGCCUGCAGCGCGCGCAGCCCUCCCAUCCGAGUCUCCAACGUGCCCACAGCAGUCGACGACGCCACCGCGGACGUAAACAUGUUCCUCAUCAUCGGCGCACUGCGCAAUUUCAACACGGGCAUGCAGGCCCUGCGCGAGGGCAAAUGGCGCGGCCAGCCUGCGCCGCCGCUCGGCCAUGACCCGCAGGGCAAGGUGCUGGGUAUCCUGGGGAUGGGCGGAAUUGGUCGCAACUUGAAAAAGAAGGCCGAGGCAUUUGGGAUGACGGUUGUUUAUCAUAACCGUCGCAAGCUGAGCGAGGAGCUCGCUGCUGGGGCAAAGUAUGUUUCUUUCGAGGAGUUGUUGGAGGGUAGUGAUGUGAUUAGUUUGAAUCUGCCGUUGAACAAACACACCCGCCACAUCAUCAGCAAGCCCGAAUUCGCCAAAAUGAAAGAUGGCGUGGUGGUCGUGAACACCGCGCGCGGGGCAGUCAUAGAUGAAGCGGCGCUGGUCGAUGCCUUGGAUAGCGGCAAGGUGUUCUCGGCUGGGCUGGAUGUCUUCGAGGACGAGCCCAAUGUUCAUCCGGGUCUGAUGAGCAACCCGAAUGUCAUGCUGGUGCCGCAUAUGGGCACCUGGACGAAAGAGACCAUGACGGCGAUGGAGGAGUGGGCGAUUGAGAAUAUCCGUCAAGCGCUGGAGACAGGGAAGAUGAAGAGUCCUGUGCCUGAGCAGGCGGACCUGUAG